GCUACUUUACAGAAAAUUAGUACAAAAAUUAGUGUUUUAUUAGUCGUUUUCUCAGCUGGUUUGGAGUUGGUUUACUGCUCAAGAAACUCGUCGGGAUUCGGUAUGUUAUAAUUAUGUAAUGUUUACAUGUUGAUGUGUUAGUAAUUUAUAUGUCUGUAUUUAGUGAAUUGCGGUUAUUGGAAAAUAUGUUAUGAUAUAUUUAGAUUAAUUAUGAUAUGAUAGAUGUUAGUUAAUUAGUUAUGAAUUUAGAUGAAUUUGAUUAGUUUUCUCAUGAUAGAUCGGGAGUCGGUAUGUUAUAAUUAUGUAUUGUUUACAUUUUAGCACCCAUGUAAAAAAAAUCACAAAAGAAUAUAAUUAAUUUACGUACUCUCAAAGCCUCUUCGUCCAUUUUUUGCCGAAAAGCUAGCGAGAGUAUCGACAAAACAAAACAAAAACUAACUCUAGUAAUUCUUUCUGAUGCGGAAGAUCGGACUUAGCCGCAACCACAGAGCAUACUUAGAACGAAACUAGAGGAAAGUAAAGGAGGGAGAAAGAAGUAUAAGAUUUUGGUGUGGUUUGGAAUGAGGGGGGGGGGGGGAGUGGUAUUUAUAGGGGAAAGGGGGGAAAGAGCCGCUGGAAAAACUACCAGGGACCAAUCACCGCUUCUGACGAAGGCAGUGAAAUCACUGCGUCCAACAAAGGCGGUGAUGGCCUGGAUAGCUGACGUGGUGCGGCGUGAGGCGUCGGAUCGUGGAGAAAAACCACAAUCCGCGCCUCACUGCAUCCAACGGCAGCGGUGAACGCGCGGGUGGCGCGGAUUACUGACGUGGAAAGCGGGGCUAUCACCGCUUUGGUCUUCAGCGGUGAAGUCCCCGCCCGCGUCCACGUCAGCGAUCCGCGCACUUUCACCGCUUUUGGAUCCAACGCUGAAGAUGUUCACCGCGUCUCUAAUUUACGGUGAGUUAAUCACCGUCAUUGACAACAGCGAUGAUAGCAUCACUGUUGUUGUCCAAAGCGAUAAUGCUAUCACCGUUUUGGACCAAAACAGUGAUGCUAUCACUGUUUUGGUCCAAAACGGUGAUUUCCAUCACUGUUUUUGUUUGCAGCGGUGAUAACCAAACUGCUGUAUUUUGGGAAAUAUUUUUAUAAGUAUUGUAUUUUGGGAAUUUUUUUUAAUAAUAAGUGUAUUAUGGGAUUUUUUCCGGAAAUUAAUAGAGGGGGGAAGGGAAUCCUCGGAACAGAAAAUCCUGUAAAGUGGGUUCUCUCUCUGUCUCUCUUCUCUACGCCUUCUCCUUCUGCUGCUCCUCCAUCGCCAUCUCUCUCUCCUUCUUCGUGUCUCUCUCAUCCUCAUUCCGUCUGCUCCUUCUGUCACAAUCGGGUGCUGAAUGAUCCAAGGGGAAGAAGUCGGAAGGGAAGGGGAAUUCACGCACUGAGAGAUUCUCCUUCUCAGUUUUCUCGGUUGCCAAACGGGAAAUUGCCGACCUUUUUCCUUUUUAGGGUUCUGAAAUAAAAAUAAAAAUUUGGGGAAUUUUUUGUUUCCUCCAAUGACUUAUAGAAGUGAUGAUGACAAUUUGGUUCCGGAGCUGAGGAUGCGAGUGGAUGACGACGAUGGCAAUGGAGGAGACAGUGGGGGUGUUAAUAAUAAGAUUGGGUAUAUGAGAUUGAGAGGCGAGGAUGGAGUGGAGGAAGAAGAAGAUGAAGAUGAAGAAGAAGGGCUUGAUGAUGAUGGUGGAGUGGGGAAACCAGGGUCUGGUUUCUUCUGUUGGAGGUGGAGAUGGUGUGUCGUCUGGUAUUGGGUCAAGCUCGCUGCUCUGUUUGCUUGUUUAGGUUGCUUGGGUUUCGUUGUGCUCAAAUGGGUUGGACCCUACUUCAUGGACAAGCAAAUCAUUCCCAUCAUCAACUGGGAGACGACAACGUUUAGCACUCCAGUGCUGGCACUUCUUGUCUUCUUUUCAGUGGCAUUCUUCCCAACCCUACUCUUGCCGUCUUCACCUUCUAUGUGGGUGGCUGGAAUGACUUUUGGUUAUGGCUAUGGAUUCUUAUUGAUCAUAGUUUCAAUCACUGCUGGAAUUUCACUUCCAUUUUGCAUUGGUUCUCUGUUCCUUCAUAGAAUUCAGGGAUGGUUUGACAAGUAUCCGAAGCAGGCUUCCAUACUGAGAGCAGCUGGUGAAGGGAAUUGGUUCCACCAGUUUCGUUCAGUGGCUUUAAUACGAAUUUCGCCGUUCCCUUAUAUCCUAUAUAAUUAUUGUGCUGUUGCAACGCAUGUCAAGUAUGGUCCUUACCUGCUGGGGUCAUUGCUGGGCAUGUUGCCAGAGAUAUUUGUUACACUCUACACCGGAGCCCUUAUACAGACACUGGCAGAUGCUUCACAGGAAGAGCACCAUUUGUCAGCAUCGCAGAUUGCCUUCAAUGUCCUUGGUUUCUGUUUCACUGCAGCCACCACGGUUUUCUUCACGCUCUACGCUAAAAGGCGACUCAAGGCACUGCAAGAUGAACCUCUUUUGGCGUAGCUUCUUCCAGUUCUUGUUGCCCAGUCCAGUAAAGGAGAGAGAGAUGUUGCAGCAGCUCCACAAGACAAUCACAGCAGCUUGCAUAUAUAGUUUUGAGAUGAUUGAAGCAGCAGCAGGAUGAUGAAAGUUAGCAUCUUGUUGAAAUAACUUCAUCUGUCCACAAAAGGGUGCACAGUGCGAAGUCGUGAUCAUCAAUGGUGGUGUGUAUAGCAGCAUGGGAAGAAAAUAUAAAGGACAUGCAUAUCUAACCUAGUAUAGAAACCAGCUUCAUUUGCUUGUUUUGCAUUUGCUUCCAAUCUGAGUUGAGUCUCUUCCAAAUUCUUUAUUCCCUCUCACCCCCAAUUGGUCCUUGUAUAUGAUUGAGAUGUAAUAAGGGCUGAACCUGGAACUUAUGCAGAAGUCUGCUGGAUUUGUGUACCAAAUUCUAUGUGUGCAAAUUAUGCAGACGGCAAUGGUUCAGCUAACUGUUUCAGUGGAUAUAGCUUAACUCAAUCCAACAACUGACCAACUGAGCCCCUAUGUUUGUCCCUUGCAAUAACUAUACGAAUCAUUG